AUGCCGAUUAAGGCCUUGAUUAUUCUUUUAAAUUUCCAUCUGUCGGGUAUCCCUUCUCCCACACAACAAUUAUAUGAUUCCUGUUCUACUCGCACGCUCGGAAGCAGUCUACUUGUCAUAAACCUAAAACCACGGUUUCAACGCCAAGCUUUAUCAACCACUCGGCUGGAUCUACCUCUCCCCGCGAUUAUCGUCAUCUAUCAACUGCGCCCUCGCACACACCGCACACAUCGCUCACAUCGCACCAACUCUUUCCACCUUCUAAGUGAGGAUAAGGCAAGACACGGACCUACAGCACCGCGGACAGCCAAAGCGAGGACGUCCCGCCACCACCGCCAUCCUUUCUACGCCCCGCGCUCCCAAUCAUACCACCUUACAUCUAUCCUAUCCGACCACCCCGCCUACCCAUCAACCUACAUACCUAGGCACAAAACACGAGCAAACUACACACAUCUGAACAACAAUUAAAUCAAGAACACCACCAUGCCCUUCCUCAAUCUCCCGAAUGAGACAAUUCUCCAAAUUGCGCGCGAGCAAAACCCUCAGGACCUGAACUCCCUCCUGCGCACGAACCAACGCCUAGCGAGCCUCCUCAAGACCGCGCUGAUCGACUGUGUGUGUGAACUCCGCUUGCAACAGAAAUGCAAGCUGGCUCUCUACGCCGCCGCCACUCGCGGUGACACAGUCAUUGUGCGGCGCCUACUGGACCGUGGGAUUCUCGAUUUCGUGGGCGACGGGGCCUUGUUGAACGACGCGGUCAUGUCCUUGGAUGAAGCCGGUCUACGCGUUCUUCUCGACUGCGGCAUCGAUCCCGAGACUCGCGACGAAGAGCAGCAGACCCCGUUCUCUGUCGCGUGUAGGCAUAAUCGCCUUGAUGCUGUCAGGCUGUUGGUUGAUGACGCGAGGGUGGAUGUCAACUCCGUUGACCGUACCGGGCGAACCGCAUUGUCCCAUGCCGCGGGCUCUGGACAUGCGCAGGUCGUGCGCAUCUUGUUGCAUGAUGAGAGGGUGGAUCCUAACUUGAGUUAGAUCAACUAGUGAACGCACUACACCAAUUAAACACAUGCGUAUAGAUUUCUGGGCCCCAAAUGUUUGUUAGUGGCUCCUGGUUGAAACCCCCCUAGUUUCGUUUGGUUCGGUGAUAAUCCAAAGGGGAAGAAGAAA